AUGGAUAGUUCAACUCAGAAUUGUCACAUCGAGCAUUUAUGGGUCAAAGUUGGAUCCCAAUUUGCCAGAUGCUGGUGUGCUUUUUUUGCACAGCUUGAAUGUGUUCAUAUGCUCGAUAUUGAAAACCCAUUGCAUAUCUGGUUACUCCACACACUGUUCCUCAAUGAUAUCAAUCAUGACUACCAGGUGUUUUGGGAGGAGUGGAACUGCCACCCAAUGGAUGGUGCAGGUACUAACAACAAGAGUCCAUUGGUAAAUCUCAAAUUUUAUUAG